GAUGCCUACGGCCAGUGGCGCUAAAAUCGUUGGCACGUUACCAACAAGCCAAGUGGCAAUUUAAGUUGCAAGCCGCAGAUCUCAAUGUUAAUUUGUGACGGUAACUGGUGGGAUUGAGAAGGCCUUCUCCCAGAAAGCUGUCUCGCGGGUUGAAGCGCGUGUUGUAAGUCAGACUGCAGGCUUGGGCGGGUGAACAAAUGAUGGCACCAGCUGCAAUGAACCUGACGUGAAGUCGCCCUAGGGGCCUACCCAGCUCUGCCGGAGAACGUUCCCUGACGCGAAGUCGCCCUAGGAGCCUGCCCAGCUCUGCCUGAGAGCGUCCCCUGACGUGCAGUCGCCCUAGGAGCCUGCCCAGCUCUGCCUAAGAACGUUCCCUGACGGGAAGUCGCCCUAGGAGCCUGCCCAGCUCUGCCGCAGAACAAGACUGCGUGUUCCAGGAGGGUGGCCGCGUCUGGGCCUGCUCCGGGUGGUGGCCCCACAUGCAAAUUUAGACCGGAUGCCAAACUAAAAAAAGUCUCAGCGGCGGCCAGCUGGCCAGUCCCAGCCGACGACGCACGGUCACAGCUAAUGCGAUACCGCGCCGAAUAAAGCGGCCGCGACGAGACAGCCCUGCACCAGUCCACGUGCCGCUGCCCAGGUCACAGGCCGCUGCUCAGCCCAGCCGCAGUGAUGAAGCUCGCAUCGUUGAUGGCCGCCAUGUUGGUGGCCGUCGCCGCACAGGAGCACAGCACCCACCCGCCCAACCCCAAUGAGAAGUGCCACUGCAGCUUCGGAGUGCACAACAUCCUCGUGCACGCCCUCCUGUACGUCUUCCACCCCAUGUACGACGCCGAGUGCACGGAUAGCGCCGAGGGGCUCUGCUUGGAGGAGUGCACCGUACACCGCGAUGUCAUGGAGGCCGCCGGCGGCUGGUCGGCCAUGGGCCCCGAACACCAUCACCAUGGCAACAUGAGUGUCGGUGACGUGGCCUGCCAGAACCUCGGCCGCGAUGAGAGCCGCGGCAUCUUUGCGCAGCUGUACCACUCGAUCUGCGACCAGCCCACCAAGUGGUCCGGCCCCGGCCUGAAGGAGCCGCUCUGUUGCGACAAGGGCAAGUUCGUCCGAUGCUUCUAGGCGUCGUCGCCCAACAGAACCUCUCCCCGUCGCCUGGACGACAGUGACUGCCUGGGCUCACGUCUGAGACGGCAGCACCACAUAAUGUUAUAUUAUUAGAGACUGUAGCAAAUACACGUAGACGCAAAUGCGUGCGCCGAGGAAUUUUUGUUUCGUGGAACUGGGACCGUUCCGUUAUCUGCGUAAGAGCUUGAGCGUGCUUGAUUGGUCGUUAGAUGUACGGGUAUCUUCUGCGGGUCAUUCCCAUCCCCCUCAUGGUGGGCCACAACAUCGAGAGGGAUUGGUUCAUCGCAUGUCCGUGGCUGAAGCUCAUGACGUUAAGAUUUCCAGCUGUUUUAUCGCUCAUGAACGUGUGCGGUCGACAACGCGUCAUAAGCAAGAAGGCGACACUUGGCACGCUCUUUCUAGCCCCGCGUUUAUGCCCUCUGACCGACGGCUCACGAAUUCGCGCUGCUGACCGUGUGGACUGUUAACAUAGUGAAUACAUGCCUCCGACCGUG